AUGUCUUCUCCCCGCAAAGACCGCAUUAUCGGACCAUCACUUCGACCGGAUGAUGUGGCUCCAGCUACCGGAAUCGGCCCAGCGAUCCCCGUGGAAUUAUUCCAGUCUAAAAUGGUUCGAGAUGCCGAAAACGUGGAGGAAGAAGUGGUGGAUUUAUCGACUAUCGGUCCCCUCAUUCCAGGACAGGAAUUCGGCGACGAGUUACGUCAUCUCAGAUCAGAUGGAGUAAGCAUCAGGGGUUUCUUCAUCUUCGUCCUCUGUCAUCGCUGUAAAUUCGACUUGUUUUGUUUAUUCUGUCUAUUACGAUUUCGUCUGUUUGUCUUGUUGGCCUGUGGUCAGUCCCGUGCAUUGCAUUCAUCGAACAGCAGUAUUUGA